UGUUCACUAGUUCAUUCAGUCUCUGUGAAUUCGUACUUGCAAGAGCCAGGAAAAAGUUCUAGUUGACUUUUUUCUUUCCCAACUCCAGAGGGAAGAUUUUUGCAUUCUGGUGGCUUUGACCUCAAAGCUGAAGAGAAACAAAUUGAAAAUGGAGAAAAUGGAGACUUGUGUUCUAAUGUUCCGUGAAUGAGUGCAUUCUUUCUCAAUGAAGCGGUGCUAGAGGAAAGUGAUCCAAGACCACAAACUCGUGAAGAUAUCUGCAUAAUUCUGCCAGAGGUGCAUUGGGCCCGGAACCAUGAACUAUUAUCAGAUUGCGCCUGAUAUCAGGGAUUUCUCUCCUUCGCCUCCCAAUUCUUUCAUCGAUGAUUCAAGUCACGUUCCGAAUCAUACAUUCGAGAAGGACGAAGGCAACACCUCCUUCACUAACGGCCUCUCUGACGAGGGCCACAAAGGCAAUGACGAGGAUGAGGACGAGGACGAUGAUCCCAACUGGUUUCUUUCCACAAGGAGUCGUCCCACUCAGCGGGUUGAACGCCUUGCCCCUCACGACCUUGAGGAUGGAGGUCAACAUGUGCCAAAGAUUGAAAAGAACCCUUCUGAAAAUGAAUCAAACGAGAAUGGAUCCGUUGUCCUGCGAAGGAAGAAGACCCACCGAUGGGCAGCAGCCGAUGCUCCUAAUGGAGAGACCGAGGAGAGUUGCUCCUCGGAAAAUCACCGCCAGAAUCGAUUGAGUCGUCUCUUUCAAGAUGGGAUCUCGGUGUUGUACGGGUCAAGCAAUAGCAGUAAAGAAGGAAUCAGGGCCACCCUUCCGAAUGCCAAUCCCAAUCAUGAAAGGUCGGAACUACCGGACAGGGACCUCGACUUGAGGAAAAAGUUGGAUACAUCCGCCGAGGCUAUGGGGGAAUGGCGAGAAAAUGGAACAAAUGUGAUUUUGUCUGAAACCCCUAACGAGUCUGGCUGCUCGUGGCCUCCUUCUCCUUCCCGUUCCCCUCUUGGUUUGUUGGUCUUGCCCUCACCCAGUUCCACAUAUAUCGAUGAUCCGAUAGCCACAAGGAUCUGCGAGCUGUUUGAUGAGCUUCAACCCUUGGAACUCGAGGAGGAGCCUUAUCAAGAGUCUCAGAAUGUCCAACUGCAGAGGAAGUUUUUGUCGCAUCGACGCCAACGCGAGCCCGGCUUCUUUAAGCGUCGGAAGCAGACCGUCUCGGGGUACUUUAGUGAUUGGGCCAAGUGGCUGACCAACACAGAGGCCAAUGAGGGUCUCACCUUGGAUGCCACCACUCCCUCCACCCUCCAGGCUCAUGACAACAAAGCUGCUCCCACUGUUUGGUCCAUGAAUCAAAGUAAUGGCAAUAUCCAGCUUGACUCCAACACGACCACUCACGGCCCACCAAAAUUGGGCGAAAAUGGACUGAUUGAAACGGAUGCCAAGUCCUUGAACUCUCUUCAAAGUGGCCAUUCCAGACGGAACUCGGAUGCUUCUCAGAUAUCGGUGACUUCGGGAAGUAGCUUUCCUGAGCGUGAAGAGAGUACAGAAGAGGACCUUUGGACGCUCUGGGGAAAAAUCAUCAAUGAAUGGGAUUCCGCUGCCAAGCGAAAGUUGCCUCAUGUGAAGGAACUCGUCCGACGUGGGAUUCCCCACCAUUUCCGAGGUGUGGCCUGGCCGUUAUUGUGCGGAGCUCACGAGUCCGCCGACAAACCCAGGUACGCUGAGUACAUGAAGACACAGUCCGCUCAUGAGAAAGUCAUCCGUCGCGAUAUCGCCCGAACAUAUCCGGAACACGAGUUCUUUAAGAAGAAAGACGGGGUCGGUCAAGAGGCUUUGUUUAACGUCAUGAAGGCCUAUUCAAUACAUGACCGAGAGGUCGGCUAUUGCCAGGGCUCUGCAUUCAUCGUUGGACUUCUGCUUAUGCAGAUGCCGGAGGAAGAGGCUUUUUGUGUGCUGGUCAAACUGAUGCAAGAAUACCGAAUGCGGGAGAUGUUCAAGCCGUCCAUGGCCGAGUUGGGACUUUGCAUGUACCAAUUGGAAGUUUUGGUGCAAGAACACAUUCCAGAUCUGUACGCCCAUUUUCAAUCCCAGUCAAUUCACACCAAUCUCUACGCCAGCUCUUGGUUCUUGACCAUUUUCUCUACAUCAGUACCUAUCGCAUUGGCCUGCAGAAUAAUGGAUUGCUUUCUGGCCGAUGGAAUCGAAGUGAUAUUCCGAUUAGCUUUGGCCCUGCUUCUUAUUGGACGAAGUGAGCUCUUAGUCCAAGACAUGGAAGGAGUUAUCAGGUAUUUUCAACGUGAUAUGCCAACCAAGUUUGAGACAGAUCCGGAGACUGUGUUCAACUUGGCCUUUAGCCUGAAGAUCAAUCAGAAGAAGAUGAAAAAAUUGGAGAAGGAAUACACUACCAUGAAGACCAAGGAGAAAGAAGACGAAAUCGAACUGAGGAGACUCCGGACCGAAAACAGACUUUUAAGGCAGAGAGUGGAUCUCUUGGAGCAAGAGUCCAGCAACUUGGCAGAUCGGCUUAUUCAAGGCCAAGUCACUCGCGCCGAGGUCGAAGAGAGCACUUUUGCCAUCAAGCGAGAGCUAGCUGCGGUUAAACAACAUGAUUUGGAUACCAAUAGCCAAUUGGAUGAAGCUAAAGACCGAAUCAGGAAGCUCUCCGCCAUCAUCGAGGAUCCAGAGAAGCUCAGCUCGAAAGAAGACAUCUCCUUGAAGUCGGAGGUCAUCAAACAAAAAGAAGAGAUGAUCCAUUGCCUCCAAGACGAACUCAUUAAAGAGAGAUUGCGAGAGGCCGAGAACGAGGAAAAAAUCAGAGACCUUCACCAAAAGGUCGCAGAUUUGGAGGCAGACAUGAAGAAGAUGCGGGACGCCGUACCCGAGAACGACGUGGCUAGUCUACAAGAGGAGCUUGCCGCAGCCAAGUUGAGGGAGGCCGAGGCCAAUUUAGCCCUGAAGGAGCUCCGUUGUAAAGUGUCUGAACUGAGUGCCAUGUGGCAGAAACACAUCAAACGCGCCGAUGGUGAAGCAAAUGGCGACUCUCUCGGUGUCAUGGCCGCCCCGAGUACCCCUAAGAAGCUGCUUGGCUCUUUGCUUGAAGGAGGUAAGGCUGCCGAGGCCGCCAAACUGGAGGAGGAGCUCUUGACCUCUAGAAUGAGCGAGGUCGAGGGACAGGCUGACCUCAAAGAGCAGAAACUCAAAGUGAUGGAACUCGAGACACAGAACCAUGUGAUCGCCAAUCAGCUGAAACGUCAGAGCGAUGAAGUAUCGAGGUUACGAGAGGCCAUGGAAAAGAAGGCCGAAAUCGAAGGCACCCUUCAACAACAAGUUAAGGAGGCCAAGAGGAAGUACGCAGAUCUUGAGGGUCGGAUGAAGGAGGACCUUAUGAUGGCGAGGAUCAGGGAUGCCGAAAACACUCAAUGCGUGGCAGAACUGACACAAAAGAUCUCUUCGUUGGAAUACAAAAAUCAAGAGAUGCUAACAGAGGGUGACUUGGCCACGUCCAUGGACCAAUCAUAUAAGAUGCGCGAGCUUCAAGACAAAAUUGCUAGUCUACGGGCACAGGUGACCCGGUUGUCCUUGUUUAACUCAAAGCUGUCACAGUCCUUGAGUUUGCACAAUUUGGCUUCGUCAUUCAGCUCGGAAGGAUCUUCUCCCAGCCAUACUCCUACCAGGGAAAGCCCAUCGCCAGCCACCUCACAGAGUUCCUUGAAGAUCAAUCUCUCAACUUCAUUGCAAGCCCUGAAUUGAUCCGGAAAAAUACCGGAGGUUCCCAACGCAACCUCCCACAAGAAAAAAUAAUAAUAAUGAUAUGAAUAAUACCAUAAAAACAAUAAUUACGCAUAGAACAAUUCGAUUUUUGUGAUACAAGUGAAUGAAUGUGCGGAAGGAUUUCAACAUACAUAAAUGUAAUUGUGAUAUGGUUUCACUUUCCCUUAUCAGCCUGCCGUUUCUCUUUGGUAGAACGGCCUGGCCAUUCCGUAAAAUCAUUCGCUUCAAUUGGCUCAAGAAUGAGAUUGAAGUUAUAAAAGGUUUUGAGUUUUCGGACAAUGAAACUCAUUGUCCACUACAAAAAGAAUAUUUUUGUUAUUGAUUUUGCCCCAGUAUUAGUGUAAUUAUAUACCGAUAUUGCAAUAAUAACUUUACCAAGACUACCAAUAUCCCGUCACCAAAAGGAGUCCAAGUGAAGUUGUACGUUUUGCAAACGAAAGAAAAUGUGAUAUGCCCACCCCAUCUUGUGACAUAGUGUCGAUAGAAGAAUGUGGUAGAAGUACCCAAGAGUUAAGAUUACCAAGCAAGAUGUUCUUAACGAACAUUCAAUCGAAAAAAUAACUUUCUAUGUUCACUAUGUACUCAUUGCUUUCCAUGUGAAUCAAAGUGUUUAUU